AUGGGAUGGUCGACUCACGCAACCGGAACCCAGGAUCCUCCCGAGGUUCGAAACUGGAAGAUUCAUCUUGUGGCCUUUGUGGCCUCGAUGAGUGCCCUUGCCAUGGGUUAUGAUACCUCUGUGAUUGGAGGAACCAUGGCGCUCGACUCUUUCCGAAGAGACUUCGGGCUUGCCGAUGCUUCUCCUACCCAUCGUGACACAGUGCAGGGCAACAUUGUCUCUACCUUCCAGGCUGGCUGCUUCUUCGGAGCUCUUCUUACCUUCCCGUUCGCAGAGAAAUAUGGUCGUAGACUUACUGUCAUGGCCGCCUCAGCCGUUUUCCUCGUUGGGGCAACACUCAUGACAGCUGCGAAUGGCAAAAUGGACAUGGUAGUCGCUGGACGCGCUAUAGCUGGCCUGGGUAUAGGAGCCUGCUCUCUGGUCGUUCCAGUCUACAUUUCUGAGACAGCUCCGCCUUCUAUUCGUGGACGUCUGAUAGGUAUCUUCGAGAUUGCUUCCCAAGGAGGAGGCAUGUUAGGUUUCUGGAUCAACUAUGCCACGGAUCGUACUAUCGACUCGGACAACAAAGCGCAAUGGGUCAUACCCUUGGCACUGCAGCUCGUACCAGGUGUCCUUCUAUGUGGUGGCAUGUUCUUCUGUCCAGAAUCACCACGCUGGUUGGCCAAAGGUGAUAACUUUGACAAGGCGGAGCAGAUCAUCAGUAGCCUGCGUAACCUUCCAUCAAAUCAUCCGUAUAUACGCAACGAGAUGAACGAGAUCCGGAUCCAAGUCGAAGAGCGUAGCACAAACAAGAUGAGUAAGAAACAACAGGUCCAAAAGCUCUUCCAGAAAGGCGUACGAAACCGCAUGGGCAUCGGUCUCGCUCUCAUGUUCCUGCAGUCCUUCACAGGUGUCAACAUCAUCACCUACUAUGCACCUCGCAUCUUCGAAUCGCUCGGUGUGCCAGGGACAUCGCUGAAACUCUUCUCUACCGGGUUUUACGGUAUCUCCAAGACUUUGGGAAUGAUCACCUUUACCAUGGUGGUGGUAGAAAGAGUCGGCCGACGGAAAGGCCUCAUCUGGGGUGCAGCGCUGGGAUGCGUACCCAUGCUGUACAUCGGUGGCUACGUCUUGAGAGCAGAUCCGUUGGCUGCUCUGGCAGCCGGGAACACAAAUCGUGAUGGCUGGGGUUAUCUAGCCAUGGUGUGCGUAUAUGUCAACGCCUUCAUCAUCUGUGCGACGUGGCAAGGCAUCACAUGGACAUAUGCUUCCGAGAUCUUCCCAUUGGAUAUUCGGAUGCUCUGCGUUGCAUUGACGACGGCAGAUACAUGGUUAGGAUCGUUCAUCAUUGCAAGAUCAACGCCGUACAUGAUCUCGGAUCUUGGUUAUGGUGCAUACUUCUUCUUUGGAGUGAUUCUUGUAGCCAUGGGCAUCUGGUCGUUCUUCUUCGUACCCGAGACCAAAGGCAUCACUCUCGAAGAGAUGGAUGCACUGUUUGCCCGUUCAGUCCGAAGAACGAUAUGGGCACAGGUCCGCGGAAAGAAGCUACCGCCGAUGGAUGGAGAUAUGAUGAUGACGGCUGACGAUCCCAAGAAGCAGUCUACCAUCAGGAUUGAGAAAGUAGAACUGUAG